AUGCAGCCGUCUAGGUGGUUGCUAGGUGUUGGUCUGUGGUUGCUAUGCAUCAUAGAGGUCAGGACUGCAACUUUUAAACUGGCUCUGAUUGGACCGUGGACAUGUGACCCCAUGUUCUCCAGAGCAAUGCCAACAGCAGCGGCUAACCUGGCAUUGUCCCGUUUACGGAGUGACAGCGGGCUGAGCCGAGGGUACUGGUACGACGUCAAACUAUUGGAUGAAGACUGCUCCGCCUCCAAAGCACUCACAGAACUUGGGGAUAUGGAGGGCUAUGGACACGCCUACAUCGGACCCUUUAACCCUGCCCUCUGCCAUGCUGCUUCCUUAUUUACUGAACACUGGGAGGCGGGGCUUGCCUCCCCAGGCUGUCUUGAUGCUGAUUGGCCAAACCUUCCACCCAUUGUGCCUCCAAGCAAAGUCCUUUUCACUGUGCUGAGGUUCUUUAGAUGGGCUCACGUUGGCAUCAUCUCAGCUCCAUCAGACCUGUGGGAGGGCACCGGACAGGAAGUAGCUUCUGCACUAAGGGCUCUGGGACUGCCGAUUGGUCCAGUGGUUACCAUGGAAACAAAGACAAAUGGCGGGCCCCGUGAGGCACUCAGAGCAAUACGAGAUGCAGACAGGGUCAAAGUGAUUAUCAUGUGCAUGUCCUCUGUCCUGAUUGGUGGAGAGGACCAGCGAGAGCUUCUAUUGGCUGCCCUGGACAUGGGGAUGGUUGCUGACGGUUAUGUGUUUAUUCCAUACGAUGCCCUGUUGUAUGCCAUGCCAUACCAGGAGAUGGUAUUUCCUCAGCUGACCAACAGCACAAAGCUUCGCCAUGCCUACAGCGCUGUCCUGACUGUAACCAUGGCAUCAGACUUAAAUUUCUAUGAAGCCUUCCGUGAAGCUCAGCUUAGUCGAGAGAUCCGCUCGGCCGUCAGCGCCACUGAGGUGUCUCCGUUUUUUGGGACCAUCUUUAACAUGGUCUACUUUGUCGCCAAAGCGGUGGAGGAGCGUCGUCAAGCAGGAGGUGGACACUGGGUGACAGGCAAUCAGCUCGUCCACUCAGACGGGGGCUUCGAAUUUCAGGGUUUCAACCAGAUGUUGUAUGGGGGAAAGGAGGGGCGUGGUCUCCAGGCCAGGUAUGUGGUGUUGGACAGCGAUGGAGACCAUCUAGUGCCGACUCACUCUCUGGCUCCGACACACACAGACGGGGUGGUUGGGGGUCUGAGACGGCUGAGUCGCUCCUUUACCUUCCCAGGAGGAAAACCCCCCUCCGCCAGCUUCUGUUGGUUUGACCCGGAUGAAGCCUGCAGUGGUGGUUUGGACUCAGCGACCAUGUUUUUUAUCUUCCUACUGCUCGUCGCUCUGAUUGCUGCCUUCCUAUUCUGGAUCAAGAAGUACAAGAGGACAGCGAACAUGACCAAACUGAUCCUAACGCUGGAUGACAUUGUCUUCAUCGACACACAAGUCAGCAGGAAGAAACUCAAUGACGAGUCCAUCAUGAGGAGUCUUCUGGAGAUAAAGACUCCAUUUAAAUCAAUCGCUCGGAGCUACAUCUUGACAACUCCUGAGAGCUCCAACAUCGGAAUACUAGAGGGUGACUGGGUUUGGCUUAAGAAGAUUCCAGCUGAGACAACGAUUACAUCUGUGAAACAAAACACUCAGAACCUGUUUCACCAGCUGAGGGACAUGAGACAUGAGAACUUGAAUCUGUACCUGGGUCUGUUCCUCGACUCUGGGAUCUUUGCUCUGGUGGUCGAACACUGUCCUCGAGGAAGUCUGGCCGACCUGCUGGCAGACGGAAACAUGAGGCUUGACUGGAUGUUCAAAAGUUCACUGCUCAUGGACCUCAUCAAGGGGAUGAAGUACCUCCACCUUCGCGGUCUCAGUCAUGGGAGACUGAAGUCCACUAACUGUUUAGUAGACGGACGCUUUGUUUUGAAAAUCACAGACUACGGACUUCCUAUGAUCCUUCACUCCCUGAGUCUGAGCAUUCAUGAAGACCCUCAAGAGUUGCUGUGGACAGCCCCAGAGCUCUUGAGGAAUCCGAUUCGAGGAGGAACAUUUGCUGGAGAUGUUUUUAGUUUCUCCAUCAUCAUACAGGAGGUUAUCUCACGCACGCUGCCCUACUCCAUGAUGGACAUGCCCGCCCAUGAGAUCGUGGACCGCCUGAAGAACCCCCCUCCUCAGUGCCGGCCCCUGGUCUCGGUGGAUGAGGCCCCUGCUGAGUGUCUCAGUCUGAUGAACGAUUGUUGGAAUGAAGAUCCGAGUAAACGACCAAACUUUGACGAGGUCUUUAAACAGUUCCGGGGCAUUAACCGGGGUAAGCGGGCGAACAUCAUUGACUCCAUGCUGCGGAUGUUGGAGCAGUACAGUUCAAACCUGGAGGAUCUGAUCAGAGAGCGAACUGAUGAGCUGGAGGUGGAGAGGAACAAGACUGAGAAGCUUGUUGGACAGCUGCUGCCAAAGUCUGUGGCUCAGGCUCUGAAGAAGGGGAAGCCGGUCCAGCCUGAGCAUUAUUCAGACAGCACUCUCUACUUCAGUGACAUUGUUGGAUUUACAACUAUUUCAGCGCUCAGUGAACCUAUUGAGGUGGUUGACCUGCUCAAUGACCUGUACACGAUGUUCGAUGCCAUCAUUGCUCUUCACGACGUCUACAAGGUGGAAACUAUCGGCGAUGCCUACAUGGUGGCUUCAGGGGUCCCAAACAGAAAUGGGAAUCGACAUGCAGCCGAAGUUGCCAACAUGUCUCUGGACAUCCUCCACUCCAUCGCUGCGUUCAAGAUCAGACACAUGCCCGAGAUAAAAGUCAAAAUACGCAUCGGCCUUCACAGCGGUCCAGUGGUUGCAGGGGUCGUUGGCUUAACGAUGCCCAGGUAUUGUCUGUUUGGGGAUACGGUGACGACAGCAUCUCACAUGGAAGCUACCGGGCUGCCCUACAGGAUCCACAUCAGUCUGAACACAGUGAAGGUCCUGACCAGUCUCAAACUGGGAUAUCACAUCGACACCAGGAAGGCUCAGGUAAAGGGAACCAUGGACACCUACUGGUUGGUGGGUCGAGAUGGAUUCAAUAAACCACUUCCUGUUCCUCCAGACUUGACCGGAGGGGCCAGUAACCACGGGAUCAGCUUGGAUGAGAUUCCCAAAGAACGCAGACAGAAGUUCCUUGAUCGACAGAAGAAGAUCAAGAAAUGAUGCCAACACUCACUCAAACACUCUCUACCUCCAGGACUGUGCUUUAACCGGCCAAAACCCAAACAGACUUCUGAACCAUUCAAAGAUUACCACUUCCUGUUUAUAGCUGAAGGAUGCUGGACUGUGAUUGGUCAGACACAUCCCUCCCUCUUUGUAGAUGUUUAGUGGAUUUCUGUGCCUAAUGUGGUCUAGAAUCAUCAGGAUUAUCCUCCACAUCAGAUUAUUGAUACAGGUGACCCACCUGAUCAACAUUUCAUUUCCUCUGUGCUGGCCCAUUGCAUGAUGGGAUAUAUCUUUUUAAUGUAGUAGUACCAAGUAUAUCUUUGCUUUUC